GUCAAGCAGGCAUUAUGUUCACUCAUACAGCAAAACAUUGUGACCUUCUCUCAGUCACGAUCUGGUGCCAUUGAGUACAAAUCUCUCCCAGAUGCAGUCAUCAGCCGACUGAGGUAUCCCCGCUACAUUCAUUGUGCCAAGAUGUUGUUUGGUGAUGCUGCAGAGCUACUGAUCGAGGAGAUGCUGUUGCAGGGUCAGACAGACCUGAAUUCAGCUGUUGUCAAAGUGACUAACAAACUCAAUGAAUCACUGGUAGCAAGUGGAUCAGGGUUGGCAGAAAUUUCUCAAAACAUUGUCAAAGAUAAAGUGACAACACUUGUGAAGGCACGCCUUCUGCGUCGAUGUGAGAAUGUUCUCCGUGACAAAAAGGACCGGGUUGUGGCUAUCCAGUCAAAUACUGACCCUGAAGUGUUGUUUCAGCUGCCUUCAACUCAGGAAUUUGAAACAAAUGUAGGCUCUAAGCGCCAUUUGCCAUCAAGUUCAGAAGUUUCUGCCAAACGAGUGAAACUAGAGCCUGGCGUUGUUGUUGAAAGUCAGGUAACACCAGCAAAUCAGAACGAAGGACCUGGUCAAUGGUGUGUUAAUACACAUCAGUUCCAUCACCAUUUCCGUGAUCAAGCCAUUGUUGCUGCUGUAGCCAGACAUAUCGACCAGAAGGCAGCAGAGGUGGUCAGGACUAUGUUGAGACUAAGUGAGACCAGAACUGUACCAACAUCUUCAGAGAGUAUUCCUCUUUCUUUUACAGAGAUUUAUAGUGCUCUGCCAAAAGACAAACAAAUACAGAAGAAUACUUUGGACCAGUAUUUGAAAUGCCUGUCGGAAAAUUGUUCAAGUUUUAUGACAAAAAUCGGAGAAAGCGGUGGAGGAGUGUAUCAAAUAAAUUUCAUGAAAGCCAUGAAAGCAAUAUGUGUGUCACAGAUUGAAACAAUAGUUCUUGAAAGGUUUGGAUCAAAAGGUCUGCGUAUGUUUAGAGUACUGCUAGCAGACAAACAAGUGGAACAUAAACAGAUUGAUGAAAGAGCUAUGCUGCCUCCAAAAGAAGCCAAAGAGAUACUAUUUAAGAUGUUUGAUGAGAAUUUCAUAACCAUGACAGAGCUAUCAAAGACACCAGAUCAUGUGCCUGCCCGGACAUUUUACUUCUUUAAUGUCAAUUUGGUCCAGCUUUCAAGAAUGCUACUAGAAAAAUGCUGCAAGGCAGCAGCAAAUGUGAUGAUCAGAAGACAGAAGUGCAUCUCCGAUAACAAGCGUUUACUUGACAAACAAGACAGAGUAGAGGCCAUUAUAGCCAACCUUGUAGCAGAAGGAGCCACAGAACAGAAAGAGGAAAUUGAGCAAAUGGUCACACCCAGCGAGAGAGUACAGCUGCAAAAAGUGGGAGAGGCCACAAAAAUGUUGGAGCAAUCUGCAAUCCAGCUCGACAACACAAUAUUUAUCUUAGAAAGCUUCUUGAAUUACAUGGUGCAACCACCGCCUCCACCCAAAAAAUAA